ACCAUUAGUCGAGUGUGAGCCAGUCGGUUGGAAAGUGCCUUCUGAUCCACGGUUCUGAACUCAGAGUCAGAGUCAAGUCAGUCAACCGUUUCGAAAGAAAAGUGAGCCUUAGAAUGAAAACGCUGUGAUUUAUAGUUAAGUUGAGUGACGGUAAAAGUGAAUAAACUUCUCAUCUUGUUAAAAAAGUUAUCUUCCGUUGAACAUCGUUCAGUCCAGUCGCGCUGCGAGAAGAGUUUUAUCGAUAUAGAACGAAAGUCCUCGUAAAAACGUGAAAAAUGUCGAUGUGCUUGCGUGGCUUGGGACUUUACCGCGGUGCCAUGUCCCGGGGCAGAUUCCUUCAGCCGCUGAAAAAUGGCAAAAGUUUCUCGGUUGUAAGCAGUCCCAGCGUUGGCGCGUACCUGGCGAAACAAGUUUCCCGCCAGAAUCGUACGCUGCACUCGAUCCACGAUCGCACCCGGGCAGAGAUUACCGAGCGAAGCCAGCUCAAGUCUGCUCGCCGGAUGGUCGUGAAGCUGGGCAGCGCCGUCAUCACCCGCGAGGACGAGCAUGGAUUGGCCCUGGGACGGUUGGCGUCGAUCGUGGAGCAGGUCGCCGAGUACCACGUGGAGGGUCGCGAGUGUAUUAUGGUGACGAGUGGUGCGGUGGCGUUCGGAAAGCAGAAGUUGACCCAGGAGAUGCUGAUGAGCAUGUCGAUGAGGGAAACAUUGUCGCAUGCCGAUCACACCCGCCAGGACGCUGGUACCAUGUUGGAACCACGUGCGGCCGCUGCCGUUGGUCAGAGUGGGUUGAUGUCCCUGUAUGACGCGAUGUUUGCCCAGUACGGUAUAAAGGUGGCGCAAGUAUUAGUGACUGAACCGGAUUUCUACAACGAGGAAACGAGGAGGAAUUUGUUCACGACGCUGUCGGAGUUGAUCAGUUUGAACAUUGUGCCGAUUAUCAACACCAACGAUGCGGUUAUGCCACCGAUGUUCAUUGUAGACCAGGAGGUGUCCGCUACGGGGAUAAAGAAGGGAAUCAAGAUCCGGGAUAACGACAGUUUAGCUGCUCUGCUUGCGGCCGAGGUCCACGCCGAUUUGUUGAUUUUGAUGUCUGAUGUUGACGGAAUUUACAACAAGCCGCCUUGGGAGGACGGAGCACGUCUGAUGCACACUUAUACCUCGGCCGACAAGGACUUGAUCAAGUUUGGGCAAAAAUCAAAGGUCGGAACUGGUGGAAUGGACUCCAAGGUGACGGCUGCAACGUGGGCGUUGGAUCGCGGAGUUAGUGUCGUCAUUUGCAACGGUACUCAGGAAAAGGCGAUCAAGCACAUCCUCACUGGACGAAAGGUCGGCACGUUCUUCACGGAGUCCACCGUCGAUAAGGCUACCCCGGUUGAUCAGUUGGCGGAGAAUGCUCGCAUCGGAAGCCGCGUAAUGCAGAAUCUUUCGGCGAGCGAUCGUGCCCUGUGCGUCAACACGUUGGCCGACCUGUUGAUCUCCAAGCAGCCGCAAAUCCUGGAAGCCAACGCGAAGGAUUUGGACGAGGCGAAAAAGUCCGGCCUGGCAAAGCCACUUUUGUCGCGCCUCUCACUAACUCCGGCCAAGCUGGAGAGUCUUGCGGUGGGCUUGCGGCAGAUCGCGGACGACAGCCACAGGAAUGUUGGUCGCGUCCUUCGCCGGACGAAGCUAGCCGACGGGCUUGAACUGAAGCAAAUUACGGUGCCGAUUGGAGUUUUGUUGGUGAUUUUCGAGUCCAGACCGGAUUCACUUCCGCAGGUCGCUGCACUGGCUAUGGCUUCCGGCAACGGUCUCCUGCUGAAGGGUGGCAAGGAAGCUGCGCACAGCAACCGGGCGUUGAUGGAACUGGUUAAGGAGGCGCUCGGUACGGUUGGUGCCCAAAAUGCAAUCUCGCUGGUGUCUACUCGCGAAGAGAUUAGCGAUCUUCUUUCCAUGGAUCAACACAUUGAUUUGAUCAUUCCGCGAGGAUCGAGUGAGCUUGUGCGUGGUAUUCAGGAAAAAUCACAACACAUUCCCGUUAUGGGACAUGCCGAAGGUAUCUGUCACGUGUACGUUGAUAAGGAAGCAAAUUUGCAGAAAGCCCUGAAAAUUAUUCGCGAUUCCAAGUGUGACUAUCCGGCGGCUUGUAACGCAAUGGAAACCCUGCUAAUUCACGAGGAACUGUUGAGUGGAAGCUUCUUCGCCGACGUGUGCAACAUGCUGAAACGGGAGGGUGUCAAAAUUAAUUCGGGACCCAAGCUAAACCAGUUGCUGACGUUCGGACCACCGCAGGCAAAGUCUUUGAAGCACGAGUACGGUGCACUCGAGUGCAGCAUCGAGGUGGUGAAGGACCUGGAGGAAGCGAUCGACCACGUGCACGCGUACGGAAGUGGCCACACCGAUGUGAUUGUUACGGAAAACGAUUCGAGCGCGCGCUACUUCCAAAACCACGUAGACAGUGCCUGUGUGUUCCACAACGCUAGCAGUCGAUUUGCGGAUGGUUUUCGCUUUGGGCUGGGGGCGGAAGUUGGAAUUUCCACUGCUCGCAUCCACGCCAGAGGUCCGGUGGGAGUGGAGGGCCUGCUAACUACCAAAUGGAUUCUGAGCGGAGUUGACCACGCCGCGGCAGACUUUUCGGAGGGCUCGCGCAAAUGGAUUCACGAAACGCUGCCGGUCGAAUGACUGCGUAAAAGUUGGUGGACUCUAGUGAAAAGAAUUUUUAGUUUAUAAGAGAAAUUUUCGUUAGAUCAUGGUGACCUAUCUAGCAAUAAUUGUGGAAGCUAUUGUUUAAAACGACCCAUUACCUUUUGACAAUAAAUGCCGCCCCCAAAAACGUCCUGUAUAAACCGUAAAUAUUGUCAUUCCGUCAAAUGGGGCGAGUAUGAACAUUACAGCUGAAUAAAGGAGAUAUUUUUGUGUUUUAAUUUUAA